AUGUCGAGACGAACCAGAGGAAAUGACUCUUCCAGCGUAAGUGGCCCCAACUCCGCCUUGACGGAGUUUCUCAAAGAACAGGGGAUCAGUGCUGAGACCAUCAGACAACGCCACCUUGCAAGAUUGCGCGCGGAGACGCCCGACACUGCUGCCAGCGAGCCAGAGACCAGGGAAGCGAGCGACGAAGUGGAGGCGAGUGAAGAUGAGUUGGAGAUACGGAUUGCUGCCAGACGGAAGCGCCGGGCCAGAGGAGACGCCUACACUGACAGCGAAGACGAAGACGAAUACAACUCGGACGAGGUGGCGAAGAAGUUUGGCGAGGUGGACCAAUGUGUGACCUGUGACAAGGACUUUACGCUUACAGUGUACUCGCGGUACGUAGAGAAUGGCUACUUGUGCGAGAAGUGCAACGAAAAGGCAAAGGUGAAGGAACGGAAUGCCAAGAAGAACCAGCUUCUUGCACGUAAGAAGCGGCAGAAGCUCGCGACGGCGCUCUUGGACAAGCAGGACUUGUCACGCAUGCCAAAGCUUCAGGACAUGUGCAUCUCACUUAUCUCAGAGCACAUCGACCAGGUGGAGAUGCUUGGGGACAUCGGGGCCAUCAAUAUGAGCAAGAUCUCGCGGAUUUUGCUGAAGAACCGGCGCUUGAACGAUGUAACGGCUUCGUUGUUCCUCGAGCCGGGUCUUCGAGAGUUGGAGUUCUGGGACUGCUCCAAGGUGUCAUCCGACGCUCUCCAGCGGAUCCCGGCGUUCUGUCCCCAGUUAGAGAAAGUGACGUUGUCGAUGUGCGGCCAGUUCCACAACGCGAACUUGCAGUACUUUGCGUCGAAUCUCCGCAAGCUCACGCAUAUCACGCUCCAUGGCCCAUUUUUGAUCUCCGAUGUGGCCUGGCAGGAGUUCUUUGAAACGGUCGGCAGCCGACUCAAGGGCUUCCAUAUCAGCAACACCCACCGUUUCACUUCAGAUUCCAUGAUCACACUUUUGGAGCACUGCCCGAAUUUGGAGGAGUUGACAUUAACACGGCUCGAUGGCCUCAACUCUUCUGAAGUUUAUGAGCUCAUUCCACACUAUCUCACGAAACUCCGGCAUUUGGAGAUCUCCUACCCCCAGAAUGAAGACCUCAUCACGGACGAUCUUCUCAUCAACAUUCUCUCGAUCAAUGGCGAGCACAUUGAGUUUUUGAACCUCGACUGUUGCACCGCCUUAACCGACCGUUUCUUGACUGAGGGGUUGCGGGUCUUUGCCCCGAACCUUAAGAGCCUUUCGCUCAAGUUCUUGGAUCAGAUCAGCGACGAGGGAAUGAUUGCGUUGUUCGAGCAAUGGGAUGCCAACCCAGGUCUUCUCAGCGUAAACCUCCAGAAGUGUGUCAACUUGACCAGUGCGGGGCUUGUAUUUCUCCUCAACCACUCGGGAAAAACCUUGGUUGAGCUCAAUGUCAAUUCGGUCUAUGGCACUGAAAAGCUGUUCUUCGAGGACUAUUUGCGCAGCACCGCCUUGCCGUUGUUGACCCAUCUUGAUAUUGGGUUUGUGCGGUCUGUCGAUGACCUGGUGGUUGAGAUUAUCGGCAACACCUGUCCGAAGUUGGCUCUUUUGGAGGUGUAUGGGAACAAUCGCGUAACCCGCAAGACCAGAAUCAGGGAAGGACUCAAGCUUAUCGGCCGCCAAAGCGACACCAUCUGA